CAAGAAGCGCCUGCUGGUGGAAACCUAGAGGGCGCGCACGGGCGCUGGAUGGAAGCGAAGCAGGAAGGGAGGGAGGUGAUCGCCCAGGAGCCGGACCGAGAAGAGCUCUUCGGGCGGAAAAUCACCAGCGGAGAACCCCGGGGAGGAAAAGAGUGAGGCCCGCCCCGCCGCGCCGCGCCCGGCCCUUCUCCACCAAACUCCUCCCUGUCUGGGCAGCCCAGGGGAUGCGACCUUCCCCGAGGGGUCCUUGGGGGCCACUUGGCUGGUGAAGAGCCCGCCUUUCCCUUGGAGUGCACCACACCAGGAGGGGCCAGCCCGGCGGCGCCUGGGGCAACAGGAGCCAGCAUGCUGGUGAAAGAGUACCGAAUCUGUAUGCCCCUCACCACCGAAGAGUACCGAGUUGGGCAGCUGUACACCAUCAGCAAGCACAGUCACCAAGAGAGUGACAAAGGGGAAGGCGUGGAAGUGGUGAAGAACGAACCCCAUGAAGACCCCAUCCAUGGCCGUGGCCAGUUCACAGAGAAGCGGGUCCACCUCUCCAGCAAGCUGCCUAGCUGGGCUCGUGCAGUGACACCACGGAUAUUCUACAUCACGGAGAAGGCCUGGAACUAUUACCCAUACACCAUCACAGAGUACACGUGCUCUUUCCUGCCCAAGUUUUCUAUCUACAUAGAGACCAAAUACGAGGAUAACUGCGGAGACAGCGCAAAUAUCUUCCACGGCGAAAAGAUCUUGGGAGACCACGAAGUGGCAUUCCUGGACAUUGCCUUCGAUGAAAUCCCUGAACGCUACUACCGGAGUCUAGAGGAUCUCCGGUACUUCAGCUCAGUGAAGACUGGCCGUGGCCCGCUCCGGGAGGGCUGGCGGGAACACACCAAGCCCAUCAUGUGCUCCUACAAGCUGGUGACGGUCAAAUUCGAAGUGUGGGGGCUGCAGACGCGGGUGGAGCAAUUUGUCCACAAGGUCAUACGGGACAUCCUGCUGAUUGGCCAUCGGCAAGCUUUUGCCUGGGUGGAUGAAUGGUGCGGUAUGACGAUGGACGAGGUCCGCCAGUACGAGAAAGAAACCCAGGAGGCCACCAACGAGAUUGUCGGCAUGGUGGGGCCUACCGUCUCCAUCAGCGCAGUGCGCCUGCCCCCCAACACCCAGAGCGCCCCCUCCAGCGCCCCUUCCACGCCCCUCAGUGGCGACGCGCCCGACUUCCUUGCCGUGCCCAAGGACAGACCCCGGAAGAAGUCGGCCCCGGAAAUGGUCUCCCUGCCGGUCCUGAGGGAGCGCGCCAAUGCGGAGUGACACCUGCCGGGGCCCCUUCGUGCACGCCCCAGCUCCCUGUUCGCCGCUCCUUCCCUCCGAAAGGGGUGUUGCCCCCCACGCACUUCAGUCCCACAGAAGGGCACGUGCCUUGCAUUUGUCCAGUUUCGAAUUAUUUGGGUGUUUUCCUUUUUCUUUUUAAAUGCCUCAUUUGAAACCGCUCCUUGUCCUGAAUUGGGCAACUCCUGUCUGCUGGACCGAGGAAAGGCCUACAACUCCGGCGUGCUGCUCCCUUCCCCAGAUUUUGGGAGCGCCUUUGAGAAAUAAACAUGCAUCCAACCUA